AUGUCGAAGGCUCUAUACUCGGUCGUGUCCCUGCGCGGUGCGAAGCAAGACAGCGAGGUCUUAUCCGACGAGAAUUCGACGCGAUAUGGUAGCAAUGCCACAAUGCACGAGCCGUCAUCUGCCUUCGCCAUCGACAGCCCCGAUGGCGACCGCAUGCAGGUCUUCUUGCUCAGGACCGUAACGUGCAUCUGCGUGCCCAUCCUCAUGACUGGUUACUAUGCCGGCCUGUGGGCUUACUGGAUCGAGGGCUAUGACAACUCGGGCCCCGUACCUUGGGGGCCCCCAGCUGGACUAUGGGCGUAUUAUAUAUGGUUCGUCGUGAGCGCAGUGGGGAUUGGGAUGAGCAAGUAUGGGCUCGCUGGCAUCGAGGCUGCCCUUCUCAUGGACCCGCGGUGGGCGCCGGGCAAUGCCAUGCAAUUAAUGAUACAUUGUGACAGGACUUGGUCAGGCCCGGCCGGCUGGGUUCAGAUACGCAGCAGGCCAUCACCAGCGUGGCUGUUGCUGGGACUCAUCAGUGUCAUUCCUUACGUUGCGUUGCCUUUGUCUGGUUUCACUCUACAAUUGAUGAAUGGUUACACGACGACAAGAAGUUCCACAGCAUAUCGCGCCAAUCUGGUUGGUCUGCGACCCGAAACCUUUCUCGACCAGAACCUCGAAGACGUCUUCACCCGCUCAUUUAACCGAUGGCGAUCUUCAUCUCCAUCCGUCCUCUACGAGAAGUCAGCAUACUAUCUCCCAGCCGGCAGCAGAUCGGAAGCUGAUAGAAGCUGGCUCAAGGCCUUUCCGAACAACUGGCCCGAUGAGGCCAACAUAACCACUUUUAUAGCUCCACAAUCGAGCUCCAUCGUAGAAGGUGAGGCCUGGGGACUUCAAACAUCGCUCAACUGCAGCGUUGUGUCUUCGAUCUCGCAAUUCGAGCUUCUCAGCCAGCGCAACGAUGACGGGACAGCUCCCCGAUGCCCACCCAUCAACUUCAACUCGUCAGAGGGCCUGCCUGAAUACAGCGGCCUUCCAGAUCUGUGUGACUUCGACGUCUACUUGCUGUCUCCCAUCGCGAACGAAACCUUACUCAAUCUCAACAUCCUGGACAGUGUGAACUUCCCGGUAGGCAUGAUGGAGCUGGCAGUCAAACACCAAAAAGAUUCAGACUUCGGGUUCGAUGUGCCGUUUAGCAAUGUCAAGCCCGUGCUCCUCGAGGCCGCGCUGUGGCAGAAUCCUAUCGAAAUGGUGCAGAAGUGUGCCCCGCUCGAGAAGGUGGUUUCUAACGAUCUUGGCACGAUAGUGAGGGGGUUCAAGAAGACGUUCACGCACACAAACCUCACAGCCAUGUUGACCGGCCAGACGGAUAUGAGUCCGAAGGAACUCGACGCCAUUGGCGUACAAUGUCGUUCCAGCUACAGAACCGGCUCCGCGACCGUGGACGGCCGGACGGGCACCUACACCAAGUUCGUCGACCAAGAGGCGGACGCCCUCGUCUCGGCAACUCCGGUGCCUCUGGCAACGGCGAUCCCACGCAUAUUCCGCAGCGAAGUCUCGGCCGCGCUGUCCCUCCAAGACAUGUAUGGCGAACAAGCUUUUGUGGACACAAUCAACAGCCUCAACGUGGAAUGGACCGCGGACUCGAACAUGGACCUAAACCCCAUGGCCUACGUCGCCUCCAACAUCUCAUGGCUGCAGAACCUGUACAAAUCGGUCGACGCCUUCUACCGCCAGCCCCUCUACUGCGAUGACGAAGGAAAUGUCAAUCUGACCACGACCACAACCUGGCAGCAGCUGCAAUUGAUCAACUCCACACAGCUCGUGACCAGUAUGAUGCGCGCGCACAAAGCGUACGCGCUGGAGAUGAGCAAGCCGACCGUGCAAGCUCGCUCCGCUUUCUUCCUGGGCAAUCUGACCACAGUGCCGCAGACUCUCAUCGUUAGUCGCGGGGAUGUCCCGGCGCAGCCUGUACUUGCGCUCCUCGCAGUGUGGGCAUUUUGCUGCAGCGUACUGGGCGUGCUUUACGGUCCCAGACGACGCUGGAGCGAGACCUUGGACGGGUAUUCUAUGUUCCGCUUUGGCACCGACCAGCCACAAGUCCGCCAAGCGUGCAGGACCACCAGGCGCUUCACGGAGUGCAGUGGGCUCAGGGAGCUCCCUGGUUUGGUGGGCGAUGCAGCUCGCCAGAAAAGCUUUGGGUAUAUUACCUUGGUGGACCAGUGGCAGGGUGCAGCGAGUGUUGAGAAGAAAUACAUCUGA